AUGGCCAUCUUCUCUGCUCAAAAUCCCUGGGCUUUUACGUUUGGUAUUCUAGGUAACAUUGUCUCCUUUGUGGUUUUUCUGGCUCCAGUGCCAACGUUUUUUAGGGUUUGUAAGAAGAAAUCAACGGACGGGUUCCAAUCAGUUCCAUACGUGGUUUCACUUUUCAGUUCGAUGCUCUGGAUAUACUAUGCAUCACUUAAGCCUGACGAAAUCCUUCUUAUUACUAUUAACUCAGUCGGCUGUGUUGUUGAGACCAUUUACAUCGCUAUUUAUAUCGUUUAUGCACCCAAGCAAGCUAGGAUCUUCACGUUGAGGCUUCUUCUUCUGAUGAAUUUCGGGGGGUUUUGCUUGAUUCUUCUACUCUCCCAACUCUUAGCGAAAGGACCAAACCGUGUACGAGUUCUUGGAUGGGUUUGUGUAGCUUUCUCCGUGAGUGUCUUUGCCGCUCCUCUAAGCAUUAUGAGAGUGGUGAUACGCACCAAGAGCGUGGAAUUCAUGCCGUUUUCCUUGUCACUUUUUCUCACAAUCAGUGCUGUUAUGUGGCUCUUAUAUGGUGUUCUCUCCAGGGAUUUGUAUGUUGCGCUCCCAAACAUACUGGGCUUCGUCUUUGGGGUACUUCAGAUGGUGCUUUACGUAAUCUACAAGAAUUACAAAACAGUCUUGGAUGAUAAGCUUCCAGAAACCAAAGCUGAUGUUGUAAAAAUGAGCACAACCAUGACAUCGGAGGUACAAGUGUCCACAACUAUGACAUCCGAGGAACGAGCGUCCUCUCAUCCCAACUCUGUUGAAAACGGGUAA